UUGAACGGUAUAAAUCCGAUAAAGUAAAAAUAGGCAGAAUCGCUGCUCCCGUGGAGUAAAAGCGGGAAAAACUAAAGUGAAAAUGGCGGGAAACGUAACUCAAUAUUCCUCAUAACUCAGGGUUUAGAGAUGUUUUCCAGCAGCCAAUUCGAUGCCACGUCCGCCUUCUCAGGCGGCGGAUUUAUGCCCUCACAGUCAACUCAGCUCACCGAUUCGUCUCCGUCUCCUGCGAAAGGUCGCGAUUCUCAGGGUCUGGUGCCAUUGACAGUGAAGCAGAUAAGUCAAGCUUCUCAUAGUGGUGAUGAGAAGUCAAAUUUCGUCGUAGAUGGCGUGGAUGUUACUAAUGUUACAGUGGUUGGAAUGGUGUUUGAUAAAGCUGUCAAGGUUACCGAUGUUAGUUUCAUUGUGGAUGACGGAACUGGCCGAAUUGGAUGUAGAAGAUGGGUGAAUGAGAACUUGGACACGACAGAAAUGGAGACAAUACAAGAUGGAAUGUAUGUUCGUGUUAAUGGACACUUAAAAAGUUUCCAAGGUGUGAAGCAGUUAGUUGCAUUCUCUGUCAGGCCUGUAACAAACUUUGAUGAGGUCACUUUCCACUUCAUUGAUUGCAUACACACCCAUUUGCAGAAUUCCAAAUUGCAGCUGCAGAUCGGUGCCUCAAUUCAGCCUCAAAUGUUAGAAUCAUCUACUAACACUCCUGUGCGAAAUGGAUCAAAUGAAUAUCAGGCAGCCACAACUAUUCAACUCUCAAAGCAAUAUAGUGUUGAUGGACUAAAGGACACUGAUCAGUUGAUCCUUGACUAUCUGCAGCAAUCUUCAAGCAUGGGACAGGAAAAGGGAGUACACAUGGAUGAACUUUGUCAGCAACUAAAACUUCCUAUGGAGAAGAUCAAGGGUUCUAUUCGGUCACUUGAGGAUGAAGGUCUGAUAUACUCCACAAUUGAUGAAUUUCACUACAAAGCAACCUGAUGAAAUUGAUGAUCGUCUAGAAACAUUGCCUUGGCUGUGAGUGGUUCUAGUAACAUAUCAUUAAAUCUGAUACCGAUUGUGUUAGAGCCUUGGCAAACCAUUGUAGAUAACUGGAUAUUUACUGAGAUCCUUGAGUUGUAGACAGAUCAGAGUAAGAACUUAUUUAUAGUUUUUAUUGAUCAUGUAAUCGACUCUCACAACUUCUGCAACAUUUUUGGUGUUUGUUAUUGAUUCAGUUAACUCGUGGAAAUGGUCCAUUUUUAUUGUGGCU